AUGAUGAAUGUGAUUGCUCAGCUGCUCUAUGUUUUCCUGAUAUGGCUGCAAUUUGGAAAUUCUUUGGAUCUAGAUGCUCCGCAAAUGGGUGUCCCCAAAUCUGUUAGAGUAUGGUCGGCGCUAAAAUUCCUGUUGAAAGAUGAAGAUCCCACACUAUUGCCAAGGCUUUAUCCACUCGUGACGCAGUUGGAGGAUACCGAAUUUGAGGAGGGGCCAUUGGAAGGUGAUGUUGACAUCCUCGCACAUGUGUGUAGGACCUUGACUUCAAAGUACGGCAGAGGUGAUGUAGCAUCUCUCUUACCGCUUUACUGCGACUAUUAUCCCAUGGGCAUUUUCACGGAGGAAUAUAUAGAAAAGUACAUGAAUGAAUUCACUGGAAAAUCGUUUUUUGAAUUAGAUGGCAAGCGUUACAAGAACUCGGACGAUGUUUUCUAUUUGAAAUCAUCCGAAUUGAAGCGACAAUCACAGAUUCCCGACGACGAAAUUGUAGAGUAUGAUGAUGUGGUUAUAGGCACAAACAGAGAGGCACCCCUCGUUGUAUUUUAUGGGUGUCCUGAUGCCAAUGGCAUCUUUGAGGAUUUCAACAGAAAUUUAUAUUCAGAAUCCGUUGGUGCUGGAAAGCUGAGAUACAUCUGGCGACCAACAUGCCUUCUUGAAGAUACCCAUUUGCGAAAAAUACCUUUCGAUAUCACUUUAAAAGCAGGAUGCGACUUCGGAAGUCUUCCAAUUGAUACGAUGAAAAUACCUGAACCGUUUAGCAAAACUGAAUAUGGGUUCUAUAAUUCAACCGAAGAAGAACUCACCGACAUGGAUCUGAAAGUAGCCUCACUAAUAGCAACCUUUUACGAAACGACAAGAGAUUAUGGUAAGACCAUUGAGUACGCCAAAGGUAUAAUCGAUAAUUUUCCUUUGUUAACGAAUCAGUUGGCUUCCUUACACGAAGAUACCAAUAGAAUUCUCGAAAGUAAUAAAAUUUUGAAAAAAGGGGGUAUAGACUACGAUACUUUGGGACUCUAUAUAAAUGGUCAAAACUGGAAGCUUUCCUCUUUGGAUCAUAUCACACUCCUAGAUGGCAUUCGGUCCGAAUAUAAUCAUCUCCAGAGCAUCCAGAGAGUUUUGCGGUUCAUUGAUGACAAUGCAAGUACUUUCAAAGCUAAGAGACUUUUAGAAAUGUUUUCGCAAUUUUCGCUGCCCAAUCUGAAGGAGCUGCAACCUAUUAAACUUGAUUUUCAUCGGAUACCAGGAUUCUCAGAGAGUGUUAUCUAUUUCAACGACAUUGAAACGGAUGUUCAGUACGAUGACUUGACAACUGAUAUUCAAAAGUUUUUCGAGAAGUCAAAGUUUGGCGAAAUACCUGAAUACAGAUUCAACUGGAAUGAGCUGAUAUUUGUUAUCAACUUCGAUUCCCUUGACGACGUUGAUACACAAAUCGCUAUGGAAGGAUUGAACCGUGCAAUAAAAGUUAUGAGCCAGGGAUAUCCGCAAAGAAUAGGCCUACUUCCUUUGAGCAAUAAGGGAACUCCAAACGAUUACAUAGCAAGGAUAUAUGAAUUAAGAGACAAAGAUCUUUUAGAGCUCGAAGAAUACCUUGAAAACAUACUAGAAGAGAGUGCUCCUGUGGAAUGCGAAUAUGAAAUUCCUGAUGUUUCAGGCAUUUUGAAUGACUUGCAAAUCUUUAACACAUCGAUAAUAAUCAAUGGAGAGGUCUAUCCUUUCAAAAAAAACACUUGGCAUUAUCUGGUUGCAAGAAUCAUAAAAAAAGACACAGCAUAUCUGAAAAGAGAGCUUUCAAAGCUUUCUAAUGUGGAACAGAUUGACGUGCGAAAUAUAUUGCACUUCAAAUCUUCUAUUGCAAGAAAUAGCAAGUACACGCCUGAUUACUUUUCUGAUGCUACGUAUACCUUCAUGAAUGACUCUGCGCUUGAUAACUUACAGGAUCGUAUUGCAAUAUAUGUCAAGGGAAAUAAUUACAAUGUCCUGCAUACUGCUAGUUUGGUUGAAGAUUAUAGUACUCGGUCUGCACUAAAAAGAUUGCGCAACUUGCUAAGUACAACAUUUUCAGGUGUUCGGAUAAGAAUCAUCCACACAGGCCCUUUAUCCCAUUCAAAUUGGAGGAAAAUAGUAAAAGCGAGUUCGGAUGAACAAUUGCUCAAAACAUUGGGUGAACUUCUUGCCGUCUCUAGAGAUGCUUUUGCCAAAAAUGAUGUCGCAAGGGCUGUAUUUUCGCACUGGCUGCCAGAUAUAACCAUAAGCCAUAUGAAUGAUCUUUCGUUCAUUAUCGUUAAUGGAAGAUUUAUUCAUUUCGAGAAAGACGAAGUUCCAAGUAAAAUAACAUUCGAUAGUAUCAUUAAAAGAGAAGCGCAAAGGACGUUGGAUUCUUUAUACACAUUGGAAACAAUAUAUCCUGGAGCUACGGGAAAAUUCCUUGGACCAAACUUUAUUGAAAUGCUGUCCGCAGCUUUGACCAAAGUUUUCUAUCAAGGAACCCAAAUUUAUCAUAAUGGUAUAGAAUAUACAGCUGAGGCAUUCAUACCAAGAAUAGAUUUUUCUAAAUAUCACAAAGUCAAUGGCUACUCCUCAUUCCAAAGCAAAAGUGAGAAAUCAGCAGUCGAACUUUUAUUGGUUUUGGACCCGCUCGAAGAAAGAUCUCAGAAAUUCUUGACUUUGGCUCAAUUUGCAGAUGCAAUUUCGUUUGUGAAUUGCAAGAUCAUACUCCUCCCAACUGAACAAGUGACAAUGUUACCGAUUUCAAGGGCAUAUCUGGAUACACAAGAUUUGACAGAUGUAGAGCCUUUGAUAGACCAAUUUCAGGUUGAAAUUAAUGCACCAAGUAAUCUCUACAUUUCAAACAUGAAAGAAAUUAAUGGUGUUGUGAUUGAAGUUCAUGCUUUCUCCGAAGAUAUUCCUGUGAGCUCUGCAAAUAUCGAAGGUGCUGGUGGCAUUUGUUUGGAACUUGUCGAUGAAGAUGGUUUUAUAUUGGACGACUGUACUACAAUGGAGACCUUUGGUUAUGGUCAAUUCAUUACCAAAAAAUUUAAUUCCAAGCUUAAGAUAGCUAGUUGCGAUCCUAGGUUUCAAGUAGUUUCAAUCUCGGCCGAUGCUAGAUCAGACAAUUUGUUGCAAGAUGGUUUUAUUAUACGAAAUUUGAACCCAAUGCGAAUCUACGUACAAGUAGAGCGAGUCAGAGAGGAGGUAUCUGUAAUAACAAUGGAUGAACGGAUACAUAUUUAUUCGAUUUUGCAAAAUAACAAGGAUGAUGAGGAAAGAUAUAAAAGAAUGGUGCUUUCUAUUCUGCUAGACUCCCCACAAAAAGAUAAGAAGUUCAAAUUUUGGAUUCUUGAUGAGCCGUAUUUUACCAAAUCUUUCAAAACAUUCUGCAACUAUAUUAACCAAACUCCUGACCUUGAUGGGACGGUUGAGUUUAUAAAAUUUAAAUGGCCUUUAUGGUUGAGACCCCAACGUUUCAAUGACCGGAGAGUAGAUUCAUUCAAAGUACUUUUCCUUGAUGUGCUGUUUCCUCAAAAUAUAUCGAAAGUGUUACUUUUGAAUCCCACCCCCACGCCAAUUGAUGCGUCCAGAAUUUACAACACAUAUGAGUUCAAUACGCCUUUGGCCAUGUUUAAAGUGACUGGGUCAGGAUAUUGGAAUGAGGGCUACUGGUCUAAUAUGCUAGCCAAGAAUAGACUGAACUUCUACUCCUUGGAAUUGGCUAUGUUAAUCAAUCUUGAUGAAGUACGUCGUUUGAAAUAUGGCGACAAAUUGCGUUUGCACUACCAGAGGCUAACCGCAGAUUACCGCUCAUUAGUUAAGAUAGAUCAAGAUUUAUUGAAUGAUCUUCAGGUGGAGAUCCCCAUCAGCAGAUUACCAUCAUCACAGAAGAAACGUUUGCAUGUCGACCACGAUAAAAUAAAUUUCUGGUUACAAUUGAUUGACAAAGAAACAAUAAUUAGCACUCAAGAGCGUUUUGAUAGUGAUUCCAGAGAUGAUGCUAAUGAUUUCAUCUGGCAUGACGAGUUAUAA